AUGGGCGUCUCAGGCGCUGUGCUAUGGUGGGAGGACUGGCAGCUGCGCAUCCUCGUUCUUUGUAGCCUGCUGAUUCAGUACUUCCUCCUCCCCCGGUCGCGCGGGGAUGGAGAGGGCGGCAGCAGGCUCCUGGAGGUGUUGUGGGCGCCUGUCCUCCUGAUGCAUCUCGGUGGACAGGAUGGCAUAACCGCCUACAACAUCGAGGACAAUGAGUUGUGGACGCGGCACAUCCUCACCUCGGUGUCUCAGGUCAUCGUCGCCGUCUACGUCUUCUGGAAAUCAUGGUCAGGCAACGACAUGAGGCUGCUGCAGGCGACAAUACUGCUCUUUAUCGUUGGUAUCCUCAAAUGCUUCGAGAAGCCCUUGGCUCUCAAUAGAGCUAGUAUUAACAGCCUUGUCAGCUCCGGCGACCCUGUUUGGAGGUCAAUGAACACACAGAAGCUCAAGAUCAAUCCACUUGAAGAUUUCACUGACAAGGCAACUGAUCCUGCUGAGGAGAAUAGCUACCUUUUCGGACCAGCCACACCCGUUGACUUCAGUCCCCACAAGCACCAAUAA